UCCUUUACUCUCAUACUCUCAUCACAUCAAAUAAAUAAGACAGACGAUAAAUGAUCACCUUAGGGGAUACAUGAGCAACCUUGUCUUUAGUUGAUGUAACACUAGCCAACUUUCAUCAAACCCCAACUUUACUCCUAUCAAAUCUCAAAGAAAACCAUUAUAUUAUCUAAUUUCACUCAAAAACUAUAAGUUUCUUUUUUUUUUUUUAAGUACGUAAGAGAAAAGAAUUAAUUGUGACAUUAGCUUACUAUCAAAUAUCAAUCAUCAAGCUAAAUAUCUCCAUGGACAAACAAGACUACUGAUUUGGUUUGGUCUACUUAGUUUCAGGUUCCAACCUAUGAAAAAUUCAAAGAUGAUUCUUUCCAAAACUCUUUACCGUGAUUACACCCCCAUCGUAAACCAAAUCCUAGCCACCAUGCUUCAAAACCGAGAAUUCGACACCCAUCUCGCCGCCUUAGCCACCACCUCUCACCGCUGGAGCUCCGAAGCGGUUUCUGAGGUGUUAAGGUCCGUGCCCAGAUUCUUCUUCCGGUCACCUCGUUCCAUUGGUACCCAAAAAGGCUUCAGACACCGUUCUCCGUUGAAACAGCGCAAACUGAAAGAAGAGCUUGAUAGGUUCGGUAAUGGGGUGCUUGUUCUUGGGCCAGCUGCUUACAGAGACCCCAACAAGGUUGAGUUGGGAUUGGAUAAAGCGUUGGAAUUCUAUUACUGGGUUGAGGCCCAUUUUGGAUUUUCACAUGAUGAGAAAACUUGCCGGGAAAUGGCUCUCGUUUUGGCUAAAGGUAAUAGAUUGAAAGCUCUUUGGGAUUUUCUCAGAGACAUGUCAAGUAGAGGGUGUGGGGAGAUUGUUACUACUUCGACCGUUACCUGUUUGAUAAAAGUUCUAGGAGAAGAAGGUUUGGUCAAUGAAGCAUUAGCUGCUUUCUAUAGGAUGAAGCAGUUUCAUUGUAAACCAGAUGUUUAUACUUAUAAUACCAUUAUUUCUGCUCUUUGUAGAGUAGGGAACUUCAAGAAAGCCAGGGCUUUGUUAGAGCAGAUGGGGUUACCGGGAUUUAGAUGUCCACCAGAUACAUUUACUUACACAAUAUUGAUUAGUUCUUAUUGCAGAUAUAGUUUGCAAACUGGGUCCAAAAAGGCUAUUAGGAGAAGAUUAUGGGAGGCUAAUCAUUUGUUUCGAAUCAUGCUCUUCAAGGGCUUUGUUCCUGAUGUUGUCACCUAUAAUGCUUUAAUCAAUGGUUGUUGUAAAACUUGUCGAAUCGGGAGGGCUCUUGAGUUGUUUGAAGACAUGAGCCAAAGGGGUAUUACUCCCAACAGGAUUACUUAUAAUUCUUUUAUUAGGUACCAUAGUGCAGUUAAUGAGAUUGAUAAUGCUGUCAAUAUGUUGAGGAGGAUGCAGAGUAUGAAUCACGGGGUGCCCUCGUCGAGUUCUUACACCCCGAUUAUUCAUGCUCUUUGUGAAACUGGGAGGGUAUUGGAAGCCCGGGAUUUUCUGGUUGAGUUGGUUGAUAGAGGCUCAGUUCCAAGAGAAUAUACUUAUAAAUUAGUAUGUGAUGCACUUAUGUCAGCAGGAGAAACCAGUUCUCUUGAUGAUAACUUUCAUACUAGAAUUAAAGAUGAGAUUUUGAAGAGGUAUAAGCAUGUGGGGAAGUUUAAACCAGUAAUGACUCGCAGAGGAUAUGAUGACAAGGAAAAUUGAAUGAAGGAGAAGAUUUUUAUUUGACACUGUGGAAUUCUUGUGGAGGGUCUGGACUCUGGAAGCUUUACUUACAUCAUUGAUAUUGCUUAUGGUCUCGAAAUCGCCCAUUCACCAGCUAUGCUUCCCUCAAGUUAGCACUCGUACAAUCUAACCUAACCUGGUUUUCACCAGGAAAUUUAUUGUGUUGAUUCUUGUCAUAAUGGUUGUGGCAAGCAUUUUAAAAUAAUAAUAAUAAUAAUAACAAUAGUAUAAUUUUCUCAUCAA